UUUAGCAUAUUUUCGCAUUGUAAUAAUGGCAUAUUUGAACGGUCUCGCCACGGUCAUAUUUGCGAAAAUAUGCACAAGAAAUCAAGUUUCAAUACUCGCCAUAAAAACGAUUUAUUGCAGUAAACAAUAGAACGGAGCUGUUUAGCUAGCGAAUAUCAGUUGAAUUGUUUUCCCACGAUUGCAACGCUGUCUCUGUUAGUCGAGUAAAACGCAUAAGUAUUUGGUGCGACUAAGCCGAUGCCUAAUUCUCAUCCGCAUGCUAAAACUGCAACUGAAUCGAAAUAGGAAUCGGAAUCUUUAACUGAAACUCAAUCUACAUCAGCAACUGAAUCUGAGCACGCCGGCAAAAUGAAUCCCUGUGUGCUGCCAACACCAUUGCCCGAUCUGGAUGGCGACAAGCGAUGGCACAGCAUACACCGCCGGUUCAUCUCCGAUUGCCGCGAAAAGGAUCCGGAUGUGAUAUUCCUGGGGGACUGCAUCUUCGAAACCGUCCAGGACACAGAGGCCUGGAAUCAGUACUUUGCACCGCUGCACUGCCUUAACUUCAGCAUUCGCGACGAUUGCACCGAGCAUGUACUGUGGCGCAUCGAAAACGGUGCGCUGGACAAUGUGAAUCCCAAAAUCGUGGUCCUCCAUGUGGGCACCAAUAACGUGAGGAACAGCGCGGAGGAAGUGGCCGAGGGUGUGCUCGCGAACGUAACGAAAAUCCGCCAAAAGCUGCCCAACGCUUACAUCGUUCUUCCCUCGCUACUGCCGCGUGGUCAGCAGCCCAAUAAGUUGCGCGAAAAGAAUGCCAACAUCAACGAGGUGGUCAAUGGAUUGACCAAGGGAUUGUAUCGCGUGCAGACGGUGGCCAUUGACAAGGGUUUGAUCCAGAGCGACGGCAGCAUCAGUCAUCACGAUAUGUUCGACUAUAAGAAUCUAACCAAUGCUGGAGCGAAAAAGAUUUUAGAACCACUCUAUGAUUUGCUUUCUCAAAUUCUCAACGAAAACGAACCUGAAAACGAUCUCACUCCCUCCGAAUAAAAGGAACAUCCAGCAGCUAUCCAUUAUAUAUACAUAUACAUACAUACAUAUACCACAAACAAUUCCCAGAAUAUAACUUAAAACAAGAAAUGUAUUUUUUGAAAUCUCAAAAGCAAUAGAGCUGCGAGACUAUCUCACAAUUAAGCAUAAGUUUACGUAUCGAAUAGUAAACCAUCGCAUAUACCAUUGCAAAAUGAUAUUAUUUUACAUUGUAUUUAUAAGAUAAAAACAAAAAUGAAUGUCAUUGGGUAAAAUAUAAGUUAUCUUCAAGCAUCAGACAU